AUGGGCGCCCCGGCCUGCGCCCUCGCUCUCUGCGUGGCCGUGGCCGUCGUGGCCGGCGCUGCCUCGGGGCCCCCGGGCACAGAGCUACGCGUCGUGAGGAGAGCGGCAGAGGCCCUGGAGCCUGAGCCUGGCCAGAAAGAGCAGCUGGUCUUUGGCAGUGGGGACACCAUGGAGCUGACCUGCCACCCACCCAUGGGCAGUACCCCAGGACCCACCAUCUGGGUGAAGGACGGCUUGGGGCUAGUGCCCUCGGACCGCAUCCUGGUGGGGCUGCAGAGGCUACAGGUGCUCAACGCCUCCCACGAGGACGCUGGCGCGUACAGCUGCCGCCAGCGGCUCACCCAGCGCAUCCUGUGCCGCUUCAGCGUGCGGGUGACAGAUGCUCCGUCCUCGGGAGAUGACGAAGACAGUGAGGACGAGGCUGAGGAUACAGGUGUGCCUGUAGGAGCCCCUUAUUGGACACGGCCUGAGCGCAUGGACAAAAAGCUCUUGGCCGUGCCAGCGGCCAACACCGUCCGCUUCCGCUGCCCGGCCGCUGGCAACCCCACACCCUCCAUAUCGUGGCUCAAGAACGGCAAGGAAUUCCGUGGCGAGCACCGCAUUGGGGGCAUCAAGCUGCGGCACCAGCAGUGGAGUCUGGUCAUGGAGAGUGUGGUGCCCUCCGACCGGGGCAACUAUACGUGUGUGGUGGAGAACAAGUUCGGCAGCAUCCGGCAGACGUACACGUUGGAUGUGCUCGAGCGGUCCCCGCACCGGCCCAUCCUGCAGGCAGGGCUGCCAGCCAACCAGACGGCAGUGCUGGGCAGCGACGUGGAGUUCCACUGCAAGGUAUACAGCGACGCCCAGCCCCACAUCCAGUGGCUCAAACACGUGGAGGUGAACGGCAGCAAGGUGGGCCCCGACGGCACACCCUACGUCACUGUGCUCAAGUCCUGGAUCAGUGAGAGUGCGGAGGCUGACGCGCGCCUCCGCCUGGCCAAUGUGUCCGAGCGGGACGGGGGCGAGUACCUCUGUCGAGCCACCAAUUUCAUAGGCGUGGCCGAGAAGGCCUUUUGGCUGCGUGUUCACGGGCCCCCAGCAGCUGAGGAGGAGCUGGCGGAGGCGGACGAGGCCAGUAGCGUGUACGCAGGCGUUCUCAGCUACGGGGCAGGCUUCUUCUUCUUCAUCAUGGUGGUGGUGGCCGUGACCCUGUGCCGGCUGCACAGCCCGACCAAGAAGGGCCUGGGCUCUCCCGCCGUGCACAAGGUCUCCCGCUUCCCGCUCAAGCGACAGGUGUCCCUGGAGUCCAACUCGUCCAUGAAUUCCAACACGCCACUGGUGCGCAUGGCCAGGCUGUCCUCGGGGGAGGGCCCCACGCUGGCCAACGUCUCUGAGCUCGAGCUGCCUGCCGACCCCAAGUGGGAGCUGUCCCGCGCCCGGCUGACCCUGGGCAAGCCCCUGGGGGAGGGCUGCUUCGGCCAGGUGGUCAUGGCAGAGGCUAUCGGCAUCGACAAAGAGCGGGCUGCCAAGCCUGUCACUGUGGCUGUGAAGAUGCUGAAAGACGAUGCCACGGACAAGGACCUCUCGGACCUGGUGUCAGAGAUGGAGAUGAUGAAGAUGAUUGGCAAGCACAAGAACAUCAUCAACCUGCUGGGGGCCUGCACGCAGGGCGGGCCCCUGUAUGUGCUGGUGGAGUACGCGGCCAAGGGCAACCUGCGGGAGUACCUUCGGGCGCGGAGGCCCCCGGGCAUGGACUACUCCUUUGACACCUGCAAGUUGCCUGAGGAGCAGCUCACCUUCAAGGACCUCGUGUCCUGUGCCUACCAGGUGGCACGGGGCAUGGAGUAUCUGGCCUCCCAGAAGUGCAUCCACAGGGAUCUGGCCGCCCGCAAUGUGCUGGUGACAGAGGACAACGUGAUGAAGAUAGCUGACUUUGGCCUGGCCCGGGAUGUGCACAACCUGGACUACUACAAGAAGACCACCAACGGCCGGCUGCCCGUGAAGUGGAUGGCACCCGAGGCUCUGUUUGACCGAGUCUACACCCACCAGAGUGACGUCUGGUCCUUUGGUGUCCUGCUCUGGGAAAUUUUCACGCUGGGGGGCUCACCAUACCCCGGCAUUCCCGUGGAGGAGCUCUUCAAGCUGCUCAAGGAAGGCCACCGCAUGGACAAGCCAGCCAACUGCACACACGACCUGUACAUGAUCAUGCGAGAGUGCUGGCAUGCUGUGCCCUCCCAGCGGCCCACCUUCAAGCAGCUGGUGGAGGACCUGGACCGUGUGCUCACUGUGACGUCCACUGACGAGUACCUGGACCUGUCAGUGCCAUUUGAGCAGUACUCGCCUGGUGGCCAGGACACACCCAGCUCCGGCUCCUCGGGCGAUGACUCUGUGUUUGCCCACGACCUUCUGCUGCCUGCCCCCCCCAGCAGCGGGGCUCUGCGGACGUGAAGGGCCACCUGACUGAGCCCCCGCCAAUGUGAGACCGGCCCCCCACCCAGCCACUGCCUGUGCAGUUGAUCACUGAGGCCCACUGCCCUGGGCCUGGGCCCUAGUACAGAUGGAUGGAUGGAUAGACAGAAACUGUGUGUGUGUGUGUGUGUGAGAGAGAGAGAGAGAGUCUUGCGGCCCCCAGGUUGCCCCGAGCUGCUGUACAAGACCCUCGUGCCCAGCGCCGUCUGUGCCUGUAGCACCUAGGGGCCUUCAUUCUGGGGGACCAAAUAUAGAACGUAAGGAGGUUCCCUGUGGAGCCCUUUGGGGUGGGGAGCUGGGCCAGACUGCCCCCUUGUCCCCCAGUGCCACCCGACAGGGAAUAUCACAGGGUGGGAUGGCCAUCGCCUCCCAAAGCUGAGCCUGUAGGGCAGCCCCUCCUGGUGGGUUAAGCCUCUGGCCAGAUGGCACCUUGUGCCUGCAGUGAGGGAUGAGUGUCAGCGAGCAGCCCCCCCAACCUCCAGGCCUCCCCACUUCCCACCCUGUCCCCUGGAGACUGAAAUUACGGGUACCUGAAGGCAGGAGAGCCUUUACUUCUAUCCGAAAGGUUUAUUGCAGAAGUGUGUAUACAUUUAUAUAGAUAAAUACCGUGUAUAUGGGAUAUAUACAUACAAAUAUAUAUAUAGAAAUACCUAUGUGGAAGAAGAAAAGGCUGGUACAGCUGAGGCCCAGGACCCUGGGGGUGCAGGAGGGAGUGCUUCAGUGGGCGAGACCCCCGUGGGUGAUGCAGAUAUAAGAAUAAGCCGAUUACCUGAUAUCACAGUUUUGUUUUAAAAAUUGUACCUGGAAUGUAUAUUUGUAAAGCUAUUUAUCGACCUUUGAGUCCUCAUCCAUGCCAUGUUCAUAGGUUUAGCCAGCCAAACAGCAGAGAGAUUUAAGUUUUAACUUAUUAACAGCUGAGAAAAUUUAUGCCGCAUUUACAGGGAUUGCGCGAAUGUGCAUGCAGCGGUGGUGGGCGCUGGGUCCCCCGCUGCCAGUCUGCCCCCCAGGCCAGAGCCGCCCCCCCGCACCCUAAAAGAUCAUUGCGUCUGAAGUGAUUCAAGGGAGGAUGUUUUAUUUCCUUUGGCCUUCCUUUGCAGGGGACUUGGAUUUCUGCAGGAUUUUUCCUUAGGAGAUUUAUUUUUUGCAUUUCAAGAUGCCUUGGGAUUUUUAUACAGGUUCUAAUUGCCGCCUGUUCUGGGUGUGGGCAGUUUCCAGCCAGGGGGCUGGCCCUGCAUGCAUGUUCAGUUGUUAUUAGAUGUUACAAGUUUAUAUAUAUCUAUAUAUAUAAUUUAUUGAGUUUUUACGAGAUGUAUUUGAUGUAGACUUAACACUUCUUACGCAAUGCUUUAGACGUUUAUAGCCUGGGCUGCUACCUUUCAAAACUCGGGAGAGAAAUCCGUGAAUUCUGUUUUGUUACUUUUUGUACUGUUACCAGGCCCCGCGUCUGGGUGGCUGUCCCUGUGUUCAUGGGCUGGCCGCCGCAGGGCAGGUGGCCAGGGCAGUCUCUGAUCUCGGGGCUCAGCCGUGUCGUGGCCAAAGGUGUCGGCCCAAACCGGCAGAUUGCUUUCGUUAACCUGGCAGACCUACUUUGCAAAAAAUAAAGAGA